AUGAAAAGAACUAGAAAUGCAAUUGUUGGUAAAAGUGAUCAAUAUUUAUCUAGUGCGUUAGAUGUUCUUCCCGAUCUUCAUGUUCAUUUUACGACAAAUAAUGGUGAUGAUUACUUAUUAAUUAAUGAUAAUGAAAGGAAAAAAGCGAAGAAAGUUUUUCGACAUCAACCAAGUACAAUUAAUGAAUUUGAUCGACAAUUAUCAACAAUACAUAGAAAAAUUGAUCAAUUUCAAGCAGCACGUGAUGGUAAUAUAGAACAAUUACAAACUUUACUUCAAGAAAAUGAAUCUAAUUAUAAAAUAUUUUUUAAUCGGCUUGAACCUGAAACAAAACUAACAGCUUUACAUUAUGCUGCACGUUUUCAUCAUCUUCAAAUAUGUCAAUAUCUUAUUGAACACUGUGAAGCUGAUGUUAAUAAAGCAGGUGAAGAUGGCAUGACACCACUUCAUUAUAUUGCUCGAUUUAGAGUUGAAAAAGACACUCAAGCUGUGUCUUAUGAAGCAGUGAUUAGAUAUUUAAUUCAUCGUGGUGCUAAAAUAAAUGCGCGUGAUGUUUUUGAUUCAACACCUCUUCAUCAUGCUUGUGAACGCAAUAAUGUCCAAUGCGCUGAAAUACUCAUCUCUGAACGUGCUGAUAUUGAAGCAUGUGAUCGUCAAAAAAUGCAUCCAUUGCAUGGUGCUUCUUUUUAUGGUAGUGUUGAUACUGCUCGUUUAUUAAUUGAACAUGAUGCUGAUGUAUUAGCUGCUGACGGAACAGGUUCAAUACCAUUUGCACAUGCUUGUCGCAAUUCACAUUAUAACAUAUUGAAUAUGUUUUUUACAAAAUUUAAUCAACAUGAACAUUUUAAUGACAUAAUUAUAGCUACUGAUGCUGAACAUAAUACACUUUUACAUUUAGCUGUUGCUUCUGCAAAUGUUCAAAUAGUUGAAUUACUUUUAUCUAAAAAUGCUGAACCAUCAGCUAAACGUAAAGAUGGACAAACACCUAUACAUUUAUGUUCAAAAACUGAUUCAGUUGAAAUUCUUGAAAAAUUAAUUCAAGUUGGAGGUGAUAUUAAUGAUAUUGAUAGUGAACAUGAAACAAUUUUACAUAAAGCAGCUGCACAUAAUAAAGAAAAUGUUCUUAGAUAUGCAUUAACAAAACAAACUAAUAAAGAUUUUAUUCUGAAAAAAAAUAGUGCCGGUGUAACAGCUUUACUUUUAGCUGCUACCUUUGGACAUGCAGCAUGCGUUGCACUUCUUUUAGAAUUUGGUGCUGAUAUGUUUAAUGAUCGUGAUAAACGUGAACACAGUCCUGUUUAUUUAGCAUCGAUGAGAAAUCAUAUUCAAACAUUAGAAAUACUUUUGCAUCAUGCUAGAGAAUAUGGUGGAUUAGAAAAAGAAAAAUCAGCUAUUAAUGAAAUUGAUCGAUAUAGUCGAACGGCUUUACAUGCAGCUGCAGAACUUGGUCAUGUUGAUAUUGUUAAUGAAUUAUUAAAACGAGAAGUUUCAUUAACAAUAAAAGAUGAUGAUGAAUAUACACCAUUAAUGUUAUGUUGUAAAAAAAAUCGUUUAGAUGUUUUAAAUGUUUUUAUUGAAUAUAUUAAUGGACAUUAUCAAACAUCCAGAGAAAAACUUAAUAUACUUGAAGAACGUGAUGAUGGAUCAAAUACAGCACUUCAUAUUGCUGCUGCUGAAGGUCAUUCUUCUAUUGUAAAACUUUUACUUGAACAAAAUUGCGAUUUACAAGCACGUAAUAUAAUAUCUUGGUUACCAAUUCAUUGUGCUGCUGAGCGAGGUCGAUACAAUAGUGUUCGAGUAUUAAUCGAAAAUCAUAGUCCUAUUGAUCCUGUGGAUAAAAAUCAACAAACACCUCUUCAUUUAGCUGCACAUAAUGGACAUUCUGAAGUAGUUAAACUUCUAUUAAAAAAUGGUGCAAAAAUUGAUAAACGUACAACAAAUGGUGAUAAUUGUCUUGAUUUAGCUAUUAGUUCAAAUCAAUAUAAUGUUGCUGAAAUUUUAGUUAAUAAUCGUGAUUGGCCAUUAAUAUUACGUAAUGCUCAAUAUGAUAAACAAACGAAUCAUUGGGAUACACCAUUAAGAAAAUUAAUACGAAAAAUGCCUGAUAUAGCAUUAAUUGUCUUAAAUAAAUGUUGUACAGUAAUAACAAAAAAUAAAAGUGAACAAGUAGCAUUAGAUAAUGAAAAUAAAGAUGAAAAAAAGAAAAAAAAAACAAAAAAAUCUGUUCAAGAAAAAAUUCUUGAAUUACAAGAAAAUUUAAAGAGUAAUAAUAUUGAAACAAGUGGUUUAACAAAAGAUGAAACACAAUUACAAAAAUUAACAUUUGUUUAUACAUACGAGUUUUUAGAUGAUCAAUUUCUUCUUCACGAAUGGGAACAAGAACACACCGAAGGUCAUUUCGAACCAGAUGGUAGAUUAUAUCCUGGUUUGAAUUCAAAUGAAUUAGAUCGUAAAAUUUUACAAUUAAAUCAUCCAUUUACAUUAAUGGUUGAAAAAAACCGUGAAAAUUUACUUGAUCAUCCAUUAGUACAUUCAUUACUUGAUUAUAAAUGGAAAUUAUAUGCACGUUAUGUUUAUUAUUUUAAUUUUUUAUUUUAUCUUUUAUUUGUUAUAUCAUUAACAACAUAUGUAUUUAUAACAUUUGCUCCGUAUCAUUUUGGUAUAACACAUGAACAAAUGAAAGAAUCAACAUGUUAUGAAUUAUGUACAUUUAUUCAAAAUAAUCAAACACAUACUAUUAAUAAUUUACAAUCACGUAUACAAACAAUACAUAUAUUUCAAUGGUUUGUUAUUAUUUUAGCAUCAGUACAAAUAGCUAAAGAAUUUUAUCAAGUUGUAGCUGAACGUUUAGAUUAUAUUAAUUUAGAAAAUGCUGUUGAAUUAAGUGCAUUUAUUCUUGCUAUUUUAUUUACAGUUGAUUUUAAUUCAUGUUCAAGGGAUAUUGGUUAUCGAUGUGUUAUACAAUGGCAGAUAGGUGCACUUGGUGUAUUUUUAACAUGGUUUGCAUUAGUUUUGUUUAUACAAAAAUUUCCAAGAUUUGGAAUAUUUGUUGUUAUGUUAACAGAUAUAUUACAUACGUUUUCAAGAUUUUUUCUUGUCUUCUUUUUAUUUAUUAUUGGUUUUGCAUUAGCUUUUCAUAUGUUAUUACAAAAUCAUAAUCCAUUUCAACAUUUUGGAAAUAGUUUAUUAAAAACAUGUGUUAUGAUGAUUGGAGAAUUUGAGUAUGAAGGUUAG